AAAAAAAAGUCCAUUCUCCGGGACAAAAGAGAGCAAAGCUAACCCGCGGGCGGCGUACCAUUUUAUAUUUUUUAUUUUUUUCUAUCUCAUAUCCCCGCCAGAGAAGCUUUCAUUUUACUUCUCAAAGGUAUAGCCUCUUUUUGUUCGAUUUCCAGACAUAUUCUCCACCAUGGUCGGGGUAAAGCGUCGAGUAGACGCCGGUGACGAGCGCAAUGGAAAACGGACCAAGACGCCGGUGUCCGUGCCCGCGAAGAAGAGCAAGUCGUCUGCGGCCCCCGUGAAGGCUUCCAAGUCUGUGUUGUCGAAGAAGGGCGAUAAGGGUGGAAAGAAGGAUAAGAAGACUUCUAGCAAGAAGAAGGCGCAGAAGGAGGAGUCUGAUUCUGAGGAUGAUGAUGAUGAGGAUGACUUUGAUCUGGAUGAUGUUGAUGAUUCGGAGAUUGAUGCUUUGGAUGAUGAGGAUGACGAGGAAGAGGAUGUUGAUAUGGAAGAUGUUGAGGAAGAAGAUACUGGGAAGAAGUCCAAGUCUGCGGAUGCGGAUGCUCAGCAAAAUAAGUCUACGUCGCGCGAAUCGCAUGCGAAGCAAAAGGCCCUCCUGCAAGAGCGCAAGGCCGCCAGACCCAACGCUGAUAUGAUCGGUCGCUCGAAAAAGCUGUGGGAGCAGCUGCGUCGCAAGUCUCAUGUUCCACUCGAGGAGCGGAAGAAGCUCAUUAAGGAGCUUUUUGAAAUCAUCACUGGACGUGUGAAGGACUUUGUCUUCAAGCAUGACUCGGUCCGCGUCAUCCAGACGGCCCUCAAAUACGCCAACAUGGAGCAACGGAAGAUGAUCGCCACGGAACUGAAGGGUAGCUACAAUGAGCUUGCGCAGAGCCGGUACGCCAAGUUCCUGGUCGGAAAGUUGAUUGUUCACGGUGAUGCCGAGGUUCGUGAUUUGAUCGUGCCUGAGUUCUACGGACAUGUCAAGAGACUCAUCAGACACCCCGAGGGGUCCUGGAUUCUCGACGAUAUCUACCGCACCGUUGCGACGAAGGAACAGAAGGCGAACCUUCUGCGUGAGUGGUACGGUCCGGAAUUCGUCAUCUUCAGGGAUGACAAGAACGGCCCGCCUGAUGCGGACCUCUCUAAGAUCCUCGAGGCGCACCCGGAGAAGAGGGGCCCCAUCAUGCACUACCUCUGGGAGCUUGUCAACCAGCUGGUGCAGAAGCGCAACUCCGGUUUCACCAUCCUGCACGACGCCAUGCUGCAGUACUACCUUAACACUAAGCCGGGCAGCUCCGAGGCUAACGAGUUUGUUGAGCUGCUGAAGGGCGAUGAAGAGGGAGACCUGGUCAAGAACUUGGCUUUCACCAAGUCCGGUGCCCGGGUGAUGUCGUUGAGUCUGGCGUACUCCAACGCCAAGGACCGCAAGCUCCUUACCCGCUUCUACAGAGAUACCAUCAAGAUGAUGGCCGGCGAUCUCCACGGACAUUUGGUUCUGUUGACCGCGUACGAAGUUAUUGAUGAUACCAAGCUUACCUCGAAGUUGGUCUUCCCCGAACUCCUGAACCAGGGAAUGGAUGCCGAGGCUCGGAACGAAGAGCUGCUCUUCCAAGUGAACGACUUGACAGCGCGUAUCCCCAUCCUGUAUCCGUUCGUCGGCGAUCGGGUCAAGUGGCUUCUGCCUGACGGCGACCAUGAGUUGCUGAAGGAGGUUCGUGAAAUCCGCAAGGAGACCUCCAAGAAGGACCCCGAGCUUCGACGACAGGAGCUGGUCAAGGCUGCGUCGGCUAACGUGCUCGAGCUCAUUGCCGCACGUGCCGACUCUCUCCUCGAGACGAGCUUCGGAUGCCAAUUCAUCUCCGAGGUGCUGUUCGAAGCCGAUGGAGACAAGAGCGCCGCAUUGGCCGCCGUGGCCGAGGCCGCCAAAUCCAGAGCCGACACCAAGGACUCUCCGUUCGUGGGCCGGUUGCUCAAGUCACUGGUUCAGGGUGGACGGUUCAACCCCGCCGAGAAGAAGGUCGAGAAGGUGCAGCCUCCGCUCAACUUCCACGGUCUUUUCUACGAGCAGAUUCAAGAAGAGACCAUGUCGUGGGCCACAGGAUCCAAUGUUUUCGUCGUGGUGGCUCUUGCGGAGUCGGACGACUUCGAGAAGAAGGCCGAGUUGCUGAAGACGCUGAAGAAGAACAAGAAGGCGCUGGAGAAGGCGUCGUCGGAGACCAGCAAGGAUGGAAAGAAGGGCAGCCCGGUCAGCAGUGGUGCGAAGCUGCUGCUGGAGAAGAUCCGGUAGAGAGUCUUUCCGUUUCGGUCCCUUAGCAGGGGAACAUUGUACUAUUGGCCGGGAUUUUUCUUUUACAAAGGCAUUUCAUUUGCUCAUCGAGGUGUUCGUUGGAUUCUUAUUAUAUUGAUUCCUUUUUCUUUAUAGGUGAUAUCUCCAUCUGUACAGGGUCUGUGAUAGACAUGGGACCAAAACGAGUCAGAAAAAAGCAUUUUGAUAUUUAUAAUUUAUUUUGCAUGAUUC